AUGUUGUUGAGAUUUUUAUUCUAUUGUGUUAUAAUUACAAAUACCAUUUGUGUAAUAGUUAAAACUGGUGCAACCGUAAAUAACAAAGAUCCAAAUAUAAUACUAAUAUUAACGGAUGAUCAAGAUUUUGUACUACAGGGAUUAUUUCCAAUGAUCCAAGCCCAAAAGCAUAUUGCUUUGAAAGGAAUCACAUUUAUGAAUGCGUUUACAUCAUCUCCUAUAUGUUGUCCAUCCCGGGCAUCGUUAUUAAGCGGUCUGUAUGCUCAUAAUACUAAAACCAAAAAUAAUUCAGUUGCGGGUGGAUGCUAUUCAAAUCAUUGGAAAUCCCAUAUUGAACCAAAAUCUUUGCCAGUUCAACUUAAAAAUGAAGGAUAUCAAACAUUUUUUGCUGGUAAAUAUUUGAAUGAGUAUAAUUCAGUAAAAGUUCCACCUGGAUGGACUGAAUUUUUUGGAUUACAUGGAAAUUCAAAAUACUAUAAUUAUACAUUGACCGAGAAUGGAAAAAUUAAAAAUUAUUCUGAUAAAUACUUAACAGAUUUGUUAAAUGAGAAAAUUUUGAAUUUUCUUGAUACAAAAGAUAAAACCAAGCCAUUUUUUGCAAUGUUGACCCCACCGGCUCCACAUGAACCAUUUACGCCAGCUGAUCGUCAUAAUGGUUCAUAUACAGGCACUAAAGCUUUACGUACACCUAAUUUUAAUCAAGUCUAUGGCCCACUUGAAAAGCAUUGGCUUGUAUCAUCGAGUAAGAGAAUUCCUUGGUCUGUUCUAGAGACUAUGGAUAUAUAUUUCCAAAAACGUUGGGAAUCAUUAUUAGCAGUUGAUGAAAUGAUUGGAAAUAUUAUUAAUAAAUUGAGUAAAAUAAAAGAAAUUGAUAAUACUUAUAUAAUAUUGACAUCGGAUAAUGGUUAUCAUAUUGGACAAUUUGCUCAACCAUUUGAUAAACGUCAACCAUAUGAAACUGAUAUACGAGUACCGUUUUUAAUAAGAGGACCUAAUAUACAACCGAAAUCAAUAUCAACAUAUCCAGUUGCAUUGAUUGAUUUAUAUCCUACAAUAUUAAAUAUAGCAAAUAUACCAUUAUCUGGUAUGGAAGAUGGUAUAUCAUUCAAUAAAUAUUUAAGUAUAAAGGAAAGUGAUUAUGAAUAUGAUAAGAAUUAUCAUCGACAAAUUUUGAUUGAAUAUUGGGGUGAAGGUAAUGAUAACACAUGGAAUCCAGAUUGUCCAUAUAAACGUAUUGAUCAUUUAUCAUUAUGCAAUGCCGCAGCCGAUUGCCAUUGUCAAGAUUCAUGGAAUAAUACAUACUCAUGUAUACGUCAUUUUACCUAUAGAACAAAUCGUAUUUAUUGUGAAUUUAAAGAUGAUCAGAAUUUCGUGGAAAUAUAUGAUUUACAAACAGAUUUGUAUCAAAUAGAUAAUUUAGGUAAUAAAUUAUUACCAUCAGAAAGAGCAUUAUAUAGUUUAGCUUUGAAAAAUUUAACUCGUUGCACUGGAAUUACUUGUCGUGAAACUGGAUGGUAAUAAAAGAAUCAUAGUAAAAUUAUAUGCAAAAUCUAGCAAAAGAAUAAAAAUCAGAAAAUAAAAUAAAAAAAAACUGAAGCACAAUAAAUAAAGGAAAAUCUUAGUGUUCAAGAGCUUAAUUUGUUUAUAAAAUUUUGAUUUAAUUUAUGCUAAAAACAAUCAUUUAAAAAAUAUUUUAUUAUUUUCAAUUAUGAACUCAUUAAGGCAUUGUCUAACUAUAAAAGAAACUUUACGAUUAUGAAAUAAAACAAGAAAAUAUUAAUUAAUAGAAAAAUUA